AGUGCGGACAGGCUCACCCACUCGGCCGGACACAUAUUAAGUGAAAGCACAUUCGUAGUUUGGCGCGAAUGUCGCUUCUGCACUGCUUCCUGAAGCCGUCGAGGAUGAGCCUGCAGCGGUGCGUCGCCGGCGACGACAUGACGGCGGACGAGUUCAAGGAGUGGAUCCGGCGGUUCGACGCGGACCAGGACGGGCGCAUCAGCCGGGAUGAGCUGCGGCGCGCCAUGCGGGCGCUGCGCGUGCGGUUCACGCGGCGGAGGAGCAGGAGCGGCAUCAGCUACGCCGACGCGGACGGCGACGGGUACAUCGACGACAGCGAGAUCGACGGCCUCGUCGAGUUCGCGCGGACCAACCUCGGCCUCCGGAUCGUCGCCUGCUAGAAACGGAGCACAUCGACUGCUCCAGUCGGGUCGAGCAGCUACGUGCUCGACCUACGUGAUGGCGCGCACGAGAUGGCCGUUGUAGCUAGAAUAAGGCCAUCUCAGAUGCGGAAAGUGAACCUUAUGUUCUCUGUCUUUUGUUUUUCUUUUCAUUUUCUCUCUAGCUGCAGCCCGUGCACUUGAAUAAUAGAAGGU